AGAAGCAUCUGGUUUCGGUUUCCUAUCACUUGGAACAAAUUCAGAGAACUCGAACGACUUAAAUGAAAAUGACAUCUAAAUGAUUAAUAUGUGGAAUUCCAUAACAUUUAAGCGAUGCUCUUUUUUCAUUGGUUCGUUUGCAAGACAGAAUGCGUCUGAAAUUUUUUUUAAAUCAAAAAGAUUUCAACACAAGAGCUGCUUGAGACGUUCAUGACAGAAUAUGUUGUGCCUGUUGUAUUUGUUGGGGAUAAAUUGUCUGGUUUUUGUGGACACAGUGAGAGUGUCCGAUUUCUAUCCUUUUGGUGAGGACGUGGGUGACACGACAAUGCCUGAAAAUGAUGACGGGAGCUCGCCUAACAUUUCAAUUUCUGCUAAAUUCCCAUUUUUCAACCACCAACACGACCAAUUAAUCGUGAGUACCAAUGGUGCUAUUUCAUUUCUGACCCCGGUGUCUCAAUAUACUCCGGAUCCUUUUCCGCUGGACGGGGACCGUAGACUUAUCACUCCCUUCUGGGGAGACGUGGAUACUACUAAAGGGGGGCAUGUCCGGUACAGGGAAACUACAGACCCCAAUAUUCUAGACAAAGCUUCUCAUGAAAUCAAGUCAUACUUUCCUGACUUUGGUCGUUUUCAUGCUGCUUGGGUUUUUAUAGCCACGUGGGAUAAUGUCGCCUUUUAUGGGUGUUCAAGUAGUGGAUGUUUAAAGCAAAAUACCUUUCAAGCUGUACUGAUUACAAAUGGACAACAUUCCUUUGCUAUUUUUAAUUAUGCAAACAUUGAAUGGACAACCGGAACGGGAAGUGGGGGAGACAAAGACACUGGACUCGGAGGGAAGCCUGCUCAGGCAGGAUUCAAUGCCGGUGAUGGGAAGUUGUUUUACGCAGUUAAUGGGUCACAAACACCAGACAUAAUUACGGUAAACGAGAAAACCAAUGUCAAUGUACCAGGAAAGUUCGUUUUCAGGAUAGAUUCGUCGAAGGUGAUAACAGGGGGAUGUAACACCAAAGGGACGAUGAUCAUAUCACCGAGAAGCGGCCCUAUGUUUGGAGGUCAGCAUCUUACAUUGAGUGGACCUUGCAUUGAUCAGUACGACGUCUUUAAGGUCAGGUUCAACGGAAUAAGGAAGACUUUGACGUGCGAGAAGAAGAACCAGUAUAGCUUUUAUUGCAUCACACCUAGGUUUGACACCACUGGAGAAAUCACAGUACAUGUAUCAUUACAUAGUAAAACCAAACGGAUGAAUGACACGUAUUUGAAAGGACACUACACUGUUUUGAAUCCAGUCUUUUGCAAAGCUAAUGUAAUUCGAAAUGACCCGGACAAUUGGAGAAAUGGUUCACAGUCAAUAUCGUGGAAAAAUGAUAUACCGGAACUAGAAAAUAGUAGCACGGUCGAUCUUGAAGUACACGCACUGAAGGAAAAAAAUGGAAAAUUGGACUUCGAAUCCUUAAAUACAAUAACAAAUAUUUCAAAUUCAAUUGGUACGACAAACUUUAAUUUCAACAUAACUCAGCAAGUCGCCUUACUUCAGAUUAAGUCACGUGUAAAAAGAAGGGGAAUGCCAUCCCCUGGAAUAUGGUCUGAUGUUUUCCUAAUAUCCCAAUCAGGAGAAGAAGCCCGACAGAUCUGUAAAAAAUGGAUCAAUUCGGAAAGUUCCUUUCCAGCAGUGGACCCCGGUGAACCCUGUCCAUGUACGAUACAGCAGGCUCGUGUAGACAACGUAAAAUAUCAACCUGAUCCUGAUUGCAACAUGUUCCAAAAGGAAAGAAAUACAAAAGUUAACUGUCGCUAUAGACGUGAUGCGCAACAUUGUGUAAGACUUCCAAGACCAAGCAAAGGAGGCAGUGACAACGUUUGUUGUUAUAAUGCAAAUGGGAAUCUAAUAGACUCCAGGGUAGAAGAAGGAGGUACACAGCAACGAUAUCACUAUGUUGAGGGUGUUCCUUACGUCAGCAACUUUUACUAUGACGUCAUGCCGUUUAUGCAGUGUUGCCGUUUUUCACAGACGUCCGCGAACGAUACUACUGAUAAAGAAGAUACGUACAGCCUCUGCCAAAAUUAUCUGAAAUUAAGGAAUUAUAGCUCGUGUCAAAAUUACGAGCCUCCAAGGCUAGCUAGAACGAGCGGUGACCCUCAUAUGACUACCCUUGACGGGCUCAGUUAUACAUUUAACGGAGCCGGAGAGUUCGUGUACAUAUACACAGAGGAUGACCUAUUUAAGAGCCAAGUCCGCUUUGAGCAAUUCAAAAAAUACGACGGAUCGUUUGUUCCUGCAACUGUAGCGACGGCUGUGGUAAUGGAGUAUGGAAAUAGUUCCGGUCGUGUAGAAGUUCACCUUAACUCGAUCAGAACAGUUGAUGUUCUCCAUAAUUCUGAACUUCUAGUGUUUGAAGAAUCCAAUUGGAUGGAUCUCAACGGUGUGUCCAUCCUCCUGCUCCCGGCUGAAAGCAAUAGUUCAGACGCUUCACUGAUGGUCAUGUUCAAAGAUAUCAAAAUAUCUUUUAAUAUCCAAGCCUCAAAGAGGAUAAUGAAUAUUCUACCGAUUGUUCAUGGGGAUGAGAUCAAAGGAAAAUUAAAAGGGCUGCUUGGAAAUUAUGAUGAAAACCCAUCAAAUGAUCUUUUCUCCUCGGAUGAUCAACUAUUAUCGCCGAAUUCCAGCGAUGUCGUGAUAUAUAAUAAGUUUGGAAUGUCAUGGGCCAUCAACGAGACGGAGUCCCUGUUCACGUAUGAACCUGGUAAGAGUUUUGCGGACUAUCAUCAGCCAUCAUUCCGUCCUGUGUUUGAAUCCUCCGUGUCGGUAACAGAGGAAGUGAGGGCGGUUUGUGGGGAAGACAAAGAUUGUAUCUUUGAUUUCUCUGUUACGGGAUCACGUGAAGUAGCGAAACAAUCCCGAACAUUCCAGAAACAGUUUCAGGAAUCUCAACAGGCGGCUGUGAUAGUAAUUACUUGCGAUGACUUGCCAACGGUCGCUGGAGGCGUGUGGAAAUCGACCAAUGGAAAUCUAGAAAACUCGUCUGCCGUCUUCAUUUGCAGAGAUGGAUACAGUUUGUCUGGCAGUUCAACAAAUAUUAUAUGCAAGAAUGGGUACUGGGAACCUUAUGGAGAUAUUUCAUGUUUACGACAUGAUAGCGUUGUUAAAGAUCAACAAACCAACGCCUCGUCCACAUCUUCACCAAUCACUUGGAUUCCAAAUAGAACAGAAAACACAUUAUUAGAGAAUGUUACGGAGUACACUGGAGAUGGCGGAAUUAUUUCCUCCACUCUGGGUACGAAAGGUACAGACACUACACCUUCAACAAAUGUUCCCGUCUACAUUGGAGUUGGAGGGGCACUUCUUUGUAUCUUCAUCUUUUGUGUAGUUCUUUUCAUAUCUAUGAUGAAGAGACGGAGGUUUAGGGAAUUGAAUAUCCAUUCUGGAAUCGGAACAUCGAAGAUCACCCAAGAAGCCCAGGAAGAAGGUUUAAGUGCAGAGUUAUCUCAAAUGAAUGUUGAUAAAUCAAUGUCUCCUGCAAGUUAAUUACUUUUUACAACUUAAAUAUUAGAAAAUGAAAUCUUCAUUGACAUUUUAUUCUACAAGUGUAAGAUUUUGAAUAGAAAUGAUACUUUUUUUAUUUACUUUUUUGUAUACACUUUAUAAGAAUGUUCAGUUUGCUGUUAUGUUUUGCUGAAAAUAAACCUUGUUUUUAACCAAAAUAUAUAUUUCUAGGGAGAUUGGAUAUGAGAUGAAGAGGGCGAUAUUAAAAUCAGUAUUUGUUAUUCCCAUUAGCGUAUCAAGUAUGCAAAUAUCUUUUACUUUUGAAAUUAAAUGAUUCAAAUCUUGAAUUGUUUUUUUUUUUCUGCUUCCUUUUUUCUUUAUCUCUUUGGAUUCAGAGAGUGUUUAUUGGAUCUAUCUGUUUCCAUUCUUAGUGGUCAUUAUUUACAAAAUUAACCCUAUCUUCUAACUGUAGGACUAUGCUAUGUCAAAUAUUACUUAUAACUUUUCUUACUUUUGAUGCAAUAGACAAUUCGUAUUUUGGAAGAUGAAUGGGAGUGUUCUGUAGACAUAAAAGGAUGUUCUGGGUAUUGCUUAUGAUCACGCUCAAAUCUACAUAACUUGAGAAUCCAUUCCAGAUUUGUCUUUUGUGUUCCUGAGAAAAAAAUAGAUUCUUUUUAAUUUAUCCUGCAACUUUGCCUUUUGAGGCCCAACCCUUCCGUUUGUGGUCAUUGCAUUACGUAAGAAAAAGCUUUAUAGGAGUUUCAACUUGACUUGUCCAAAAGACUUGUAAAGAAUAUUUUUAUUCAUAUAAAAACGCGUGAUGUGUGGCUUCAACCUAUUGCAGGUUAUUGUGUUUGAAUAGACUUGAAUCUGUACUUUGCAAUAAAGCUUUCAAUUAAGUUUUAAA